UAUAAUGUAAAUACUAAUUCGUUCGUAAUUCAUUUUUGUUUUGUUUUUUAUAUUAUUUAUUAAUUAAAAUCAAAGUGUAACUAAACUGCAAAACAACCUAUUCGUCUUGCGCACCAACAUAAUACACACAUAUAUAUACGUAUGUAUGAUGUAUACCGCACCGCCAAACGAGGGAUAUACAAUAUUCCGUUUGGAUUAUAACAUAUCUGCAAUAUUUGAACAAGUGGAACAGUUUAACCAAUGGUCAGAAUCCUUAAGUGAUAGUAGAACUAAAGGUUGGUGGAUGGUCAACUCGGGGCUUACUACAUUAACCAUAACCAUUUGUUAUUUAUUAAUAGUAUGGCUGACUCCGCGGUACAUGCAGAAACGUUCAGCAUACAAUUUAAAAUACAUAUUGAUAAUUUACAACGUUAUUAUGAUAUUGGUAAAUGUAUUCAUCUUUACAGAGUUAUUACUGAUGGCUAUCAAACUGAACUACAGUUGGAUGUGUCAGCCAAUAACCUACGUCAACCCAGAAGCUGAACUCAGGAUAGCGGUGGCCGUAUGGUUGUUUUAUUUGACGAAUUUUUUCGAAUUGUUGGACACCAUAUUUUUUAUGCUUCGAAAGAAAAACAAUCAAUUAUCUUUUCUUCACGUUUACCAUCAUUCAACAAUGUUUGUAUUCUCAUGGAUAGGUACCAAAUACGUACCAGGUGGCUCAGCAUUCCUACCUAUUUUAAUUAAUAGUUUUGUACACAUUAUAAUGUACUUGUAUUACACGCUAGCUGCAAUGCACUGUACGAAAAUCAUGAAAUACAAAAAAUUCGUAACAAUCAUUCAGUUGGCUCAGUUUACAUUUGCUCUGCCAUUAGGAAUUAAUGCCAUACACAGUGGUUGUAAAUGGCCAUUAUGGAUGAAGUAUUUACUUGUUUUUUAUAUGUUCACAAUGUUGGUUUUAUUUGGCGAUUUUUAUAAGAAAAACUAUAUUAAAAAGAUAAGGAAAGAUGAAGAAGAAGUUGGUCAAUGUUUAAAGAAAUUGUGAUGAUUUUAAUAAAAAUAUUAAAAUUUACCAGGCAUAAGAAAUAUUUUGGUUUAAUAGAGAUCAAUACAUAAAUCAA